AUGUCUGACAAGAAAUCUGGACCUCCUCCUGUUUAUACUACAUCCAACGGAUGUCCCGUUCGUGAUCCUAAUGCGUCGAUUCGGGUUGGCCAACAUGGCCCUCUGUUGUUGCAGGAUCACCAUUUGAUUGAUCUACUGGCCCAUUUUGAUCGGGAGAGAAUUCCCGAGAGAGUUGUUCAUGCUAAGGGUUCGGGCGCUUAUGGCCAUUUCGAGGUCACUGACGAUAUCAGUGAUUUGGUCAGCUCGGAUUUCUUGAAUGGCGUUGGCAAGAAGACCAAGACUUUUACCCGUUUCUCCACUGUCGGUGGUGAGAAGGGUUCUCCAGAUUCAGCUCGUGAUCCUCGUGGUUUCGCUACUAAGUUCUACACUGAAGAGGGUGUCAUUGACUGGGUUUAUAACAACACUCCUGUUUUCUUUAUCAGAAACCCUUCAAAGUUCCCUACUUUUAUUCACACUCAAAAGAGAAACCCAGAGACUAACUUGAAGGACGCUACCAUGUUCUGGGACUUUUUGUCUCGUAACCAGGAAUCGGUUCAUCAAGUCAUGCAACUGUUUUCCGACAGAGGUACUCCUGCCAGUUACAGAAAUAUGAACGGUUACUCUGGUCACGCUUACAAGUGGACUAAUAAGAAGGGUGAAUGGCACUAUGUCCAAAUCCACCUUAUCACUGAUCAAGGUAUUAAGACCUUGAAUAAUGAAGAGGCUGGUAAUUUGACUGCUGAGAACCCCGACCAUGCUCAAGAAGAUUUGUUUGAGGCCAUUGCCAAGGGCGAUUUCCCCUCGUGGACCGUGUAUGUUCAAACCAUGACCCCUGAACAAGCUGAAAAGGCUCCUUUCAAUGUCUUUGACUUGACCAAGGUUUGGCCUCACAAGGACUAUCCUUUGCGUCGUUUCGGUAAGCUUACUUUGGACAAGAACCCUGAGAAUUACUUUGCCGAGGUCGAGCAAGCUGCUUUCAGUCCUGCCCACACUGUUCCUGGCUUUGAACCUUCUGCCGACCCUGUUCUGCAAUCUCGUUUGUUCUCUUACUCGGACACUCACCGUCACCGUUUGGGCGUUAACUACCAACAAAUCCCCGUUAACUGCCCUCUCAAAGUACACAACCCAUUCCAAAGAGAUGGUGCAGGCGUUGUCAAUGGCAAUUAUGGUGCUUUACCAAACUACCCUACCGAUUACUCUCCUACCACCUACAGAACCGAUGUCCAGCUGUCUGAACGUCACGAAAAGUGGGUUGGAACUGCCACCAACUUCCACUGGGACGUUACUGGCCCUGAAGACUAUGUUCAAGCCGGUAAGCUCUGGGAGGUCUUUGGCAAGUCUGGUCAACAAGACGCCUUUGUCCACAAUGUGUCUGUCCAUCUUCAAAACGCCAAGCCCGAGGUCCAAGACCGUACCUUUGAUAUGUUCACCAAGGUCUCACCCGAUCUCGGUAGCCGUCUCCGCGAAGCCACUCUCAAGCUCAAGCCCCGUGCCAAGGCCCCUGGCUUCCGUUUGUAG